GAUUCUGUUUCAUAUUCUUUGUUCAGAAAUGGAAUCGAAUUAACACAGUUUCAAAAAUUUCAAUUCAACUGUUGCGUUUUUUGACAGAAGAAUCAAAUCAAAUCAAAUCAAAAUUGAGUGGUGUGGUUAAUAAAAUGGGAGGUGAGAAAACGAAGAGAGUGAUUUUCGUGACAGUAGGAACAACUUGUUUCGACGCACUUGUAAAAGCUGUUGAUUCUGAAACACUUCAAAAAGAGUUACUUGCAAAAGGGUAUACCCAUCUUCUUAUUCAAAUGGGUCGUGGAUCCUAUCUUCCUACCAAGUCUGAAGGAGAUUGUAAUUUGGUGGUAGAUUACUUCACUUUUUCUUCCAGUAUUGCAGACCAUAUCAAAUCUGCUUCUCUUAUCAUUAGCCAUGCAGGUAGCAUAUUUGAGACGUUGAAGCUAGGAAAACCUUUAAUUGUGGUUGUUAAUGAAGAUUUGAUGGAUAAUCAUCAAAGUGAACUAGGAGAAGAACUUGCCAACAGAAAACAUUUGUAUUGUGCUAGUCCUCAAACACUCCAUCAAACCAUAGUGGAUAUGGAUUUAAACGCUCUUGUUCCUUACUCUCCAGGUGAUGCCACACCAGUGGCCAAGCAUAUCAACAGAUUUCUUGGUUUUCCCGACGAUUGAUCUGGCUUUCCUUUUUCUGGUUCAACGUCUCCGAGGUAAUGCUAAGUUGUGAUCCUCAAAUUUAGUCGCGAGGAAAAUUGUUUAAGAAAGGGGGAACCGUCUACUGCAUGUUCAUAUUGUGUACUUGAUGUUGAGGUUAAUCAGGCAUCAUUAACCUAUUUGUACUGUUUGUUUCUAUUUUCAUCUUGUUCACUCUUUUCA